AAAGCAAACAUGAAAUUCUCUUUAAUUGUGUUAUUGGCAGGCUUAUGUUUGGUGGCCGUGAGUGCCAACAUUGAAGUUUCCUCCUCUUUGGAGAAUGAAUUAGACAACGACUACGAAUAUGUGGCCAAUGAUGUUGCCGAAGAUGUCACCGAUAUUGAAGAGUACAUUUCAUGGUUUGGUAUUUAUUUCGUAAUACGCAAAGCCAUAUCCUUCGUCAAAGGUGUCAAGUGUACCGUCAAGGAGGUUUAUGAAAUUAAGGGAGCAGCUGAAACUUUCCUCGAUGACAUCCAACAAUGUGGCGAUGAUGUGAACGCUAAAGUGCAAAAAUUAAUCACUACUUGCAAAAAUAUCGUCACCACCUCCACCAAUAUCAUUAAUGUUAAUGAAAAUAUUUGUGGUAAUACUUCUGCAACCACUUUUGAUGCUGAUGAUGUAGCUGUUGACACUUUACGCUCUAAAACUCCUGUCAAAUGUUUCUUUAAAUUGUUGGGUAAAACUUUGAAAUUGAAGAAUCAAAUUAAGACCGCUAUCCGUUUGAUUAAGAAGAUUCCUAAAGUACCUGGCGAGGCUAACGAAUGUGCCAACACUGCUGCUCAAGACUUGGGUAGUGUAUUAAAUGAAUUCCCUGGCAAUGUUAAAUAUUGUUCCAAGUUAUUCAAAAAGAAUUAAGAGAAAAAGUUUAUUUUAUAUGUUC